AUUGUUAAUAAUGAUAUUAUAAUAUUGUUAAACAUAAUAUAUUUUUUCUUUAGUUCAAAUAGUUCAAAUUAACACAUUUUAGCUGAUUAUGACUACAUUACAUAUGUGUAUACAUACAAUAAAAAUCUCCAAAAUAUGUAUGUAUAUCGACUUGUGUGGAUCUUUUAAAUAAACAUGAAAGUAAUGAUUACAAUUACGUUAUUUUAAUCUUGUUAAGUUGGCGCAUAAGAUUGUUGUUUUAAUUGAAAAUUAUUUACGUCAGAAAUAAAAGAAAUUGCAAAAUGAAUAUUUUACCAGGAACAGCGUCUCUUCUAGAAGAACUUGACAAAAAACUUAUGGUUUUACUAAGAGAUGGCAGAACUUUAAUUGGAUAUCUUAGAAGUGUUGAUCAAUUUGCUAAUAUUGUGCUUCAUCGUACAAUUGAAAGAAUUCAUGUUGGUAAAGAAUAUGGAGAUAUCCCAAGAGGCAUUUUUAUUGUCAGAGGAGAAAAUGUUGUCCUUUUGGGAGAAAUUGACAGAGAUAAAGAAAGAGAUUUACCGUUAACUGAAGUAUCUGUGGAUGAUAUUUUAGACGCACAAAGGCGAGAACAAGAAUUAAAACAAGAUCAGAAACGAUUAAUAAAUAAAACUCUGAAAGAACGAGGUUUAUCAUACAUACCAGAUAUGGGUCAUGAUGAUAUGUUCUGACCUAUAUCCACAUCCUUGACUACUAAUACUUUGUCAUCUACAUCUUCACAUAAUUCUGAGGUAUAUGAUACAUGUUACACAUCAUUUUCUUUUUGAUAAUAAUGACAACUUGUGAAAUAUGAGUAUAUUAUCUAAUUGCAAAAAUAGGAAUAAUUAUUACUGUAAUUUCUUUAUGAAACUAUAAUAUAAUAGUGAGAUGUCAAUAAUAUGAGAAUUUAUAUAGUUUUAGUCUUAUUACAUUAAUCUUGUAUUUAAUGUGAAAAAUGUAUGCAUUAUAAUUGUAUCAUACUUUUAAAGAUCUUCAAAUUUCUAUUGUAUACAAAUAUUAUAUUUAAAUAGAAAUCUAUUACAACUGAUACAUAGUAUUUUAUCAACUAUAUUACGUAAUAUAUAAUAUAUACACAAAUGAACAUAUU